AUGGCCCCGGGCUCGCCCGCCGCCCGCCGCGCCGCGCCGCGCCUGCUGCCAGCGCUCCUGGGACUGCAUGUCCUAGGCAUCGCCUUCGCCUUGGAGGUGUCCGUGGGGAAGACCAACACUGUGAUGUCUCUGAAUAACUCCGAUGUCCUGCUGCCCUGCACCUUCACCACCUGCAUAGGGUUUCAGGACCUGGUCUUCACAUGGUACUUCAACUCGACAGAGAUGAUUUACCAGGGCAAGAUAAAGAGCAAAGCCUCGGAGCCCAUCCUCGUGAGGAGCAACCCACGGGUCGAGUUUGUGGGCUCAACGACGGGGAAGGACAACAACAUCUCCAUCGUCCUGAAGAACGUGGAGUUCAGCGAUGCUGGGAAAUACACCUGUGACGUCAAGAACCCCAAGGAGAAGAACGCUCAGCACAAUGCCACCAUCUUCCUCACCGUGGUCCAGAAGAUGGUGGAGACAGACAACACUGUGACGCUCAUCAUCGUGGGCAUUGUUGGGGGGCUCAUCGGCCUCCUCAUCCUCUUCAUGCUCAUCAAGAGGGUCAUCCUGUUCAUCAUCAAGAAGAUCCAGGAUGGGAAGAAGGAGUGUCUCGUGAGCUCCUCAGGGAAUGACAACACCGAGAACGGCUUGGCGGGCUCCAAGGCAGAACAGAAGGCCCCAGCGAAGGCAUGAAGCAGCAGUGCCCCGGCCCGCCCGGCAGCGGGAGGCUGGGCAGGGCCACCAGCCUUUCCCUUUUCUUUUCUUUCCAAACUGCCAACGCUUGAGACAUGUUUCUAUUACACACGUGCCUGCAACCUGCACCGCUUCUCAGAAAAGACUUGGGCUGCCCUGGGGACUGGGAGCUUCUUGUGGGCUCAGACUGGGACGAUGCUGGGAUGGAGGGAGCUGCCCGCUCCGCUCUGAGCCAAGGCAAGAGGGUGUGGGAUGGGCAGGGCAGGGGCUGGGGGCUGCCCCGGUC